AUGACACGUGACGAUAAUACUCCCUCGGCAUCUCCCAUUCACAUGAACUACAAGUCAAUGAGAGUAAACACUUGCUUUGCUAUUGUGAAUUUUGGCACACAAUAUUUAACUGGAAACCUUCUCUCUGGACCAGUGCCUGAGUGGGUAGAUCGUUCUGGCUUUGUAGAUCUUUCCUACAACAACUUCAGCGUCGGAAACCCAGGGCAGCCAACAUGUAAAACGGGCAAUGUGAACCUGUUUUCAAGCACUUUGACAGGGAAUGACUCGGGAGCAGUUCCAUGUUUGAGCGGCUUUCGCUGUCCUAAAACAUGGUACUCUCUACAUAUAAACUGUGGUGGCCAGCAAUUAACAGUAAACGAAAGUACAAUAUUUGAAGAAGAUUCAGAUGGAUCAGGAUCAGCAAGAUUUCACCGGAGUGACACAAAUUGGAUAAUGAGCAGUACUGGUUACUUCAUGGAUAAAGAACGCGUAGAUUACUACACCGUGCGGAAUGCAUCAGCACUCUCUAUAACCAAUGCUGAAUUAUACAUGAGUGCACGUGUUUCUCCGCUCUCUCUGAGUUAUUUUGCAUUUUGCAUGGGAAACGGAAACUACACAAUAAAGCUCCAUUUUGCUGAGAUAAUGUUCACAGCCGAUAAAACAUAUAGCAGCCUCGGAAGGCGCGUCUUUGACGUCUAUAUUCAGGGAAAGCUGGUGCUGAAGGAUUUCAAUAUUGCAGAAGAAGCAGGAGGAGUUGGUAAGGCAGUCGUCAAAGAAUUCACUGGUGUUGUGACUAGGAAUUCAUUGGAGAUCCGCCUAUAUUGGGCUGGGAAAGGGACAACUGCUAUACCAUACAAAUCACUAUAUGGUCCGCUCAUAUCUGCCAUAUCUGUGGAUCCUGACUUUAAACCCCCAUUGGAAAAUGGAAGUAGCAUAUCUGGAGGGACAGUGGCUGGCAUUGUGGUUGCUGGAGCAAUGAUUGUAAUCCUGGUUUUCAGUAUACUAUGGCGGAGAGGCAGUCUAGCACCCAAAAAUUCAAUGGCAAGAGAGCUAAGGAGUUUAGAUCUGCAAACUGGAAUAUUUACUUUAAGGCAAAUUAAAGCAGCAACAAACAACUUUGACGUUGCCAAUAAGAUUGGAGAAGGAGGAUUUGGUCCUGUCUACAAGGGCUUUCUGUCAGAUGGUACUAUAAUAGCAGUUAAGCAACUUUCGUCUAAAUCAAAGCAAGGAAAUCGGGAGUUUAUAAAUGAGAUAGGCAUGAUUUCUGCUAUGCAACAUCCUUGUCUUGUCAAACUUUAUGGCUGUUGUGUCGAGAGAGAUCAAUUGUUGCUGGUAUAUGAAUACAUGGAUAACAAUAGUCUUGCUCGUGCCUUGUUUGGCCAAGAAGGUCAAUUACAUUUAGACUGGCCGACAAGAUACAAGAUUUGCAUUGGUAUUGCUAGAGGUUUGGCUUUCCUACAUGAAGAGUCAAGAUUGAAGAUCGUUCAUAGAGACAUUAAAGCCACCAAUGUGCUGCUUGAUAAAGAUCUCAAUCCAAAGAUAUCUGAUUUUGGUUUGGCCAAACUUUAUGAGGAGGACAAUACCCAUGUCAGCACUAGAAUAGCUGGGACAUAUGGAUAUAUGGCUCCUGAAUAUGCAAUGCAUGGCCAUCUAAGUGACAAAGCAGAUGUCUAUAGUUUUGGUAUUGUUGCAUUGGAGCUUGUUAGUGGGAAGAGCAACAACAUGAACCAUAGCAUCCAUCUUCUUGAGUGGGCACAUUUCUUAAAGGAAAACUACAAUCUAAUGGAGAUAGUUGAUCCAAGGUUGAAAUCGAAGUUUAUAAAAGCAGAGGCUAUGGUGAUGAUCAAUGUAGCUUUUCUAUGCACAAAUGUGACUGCAUCACUUAGGCCCAACAUGUCCUCAGUGGUAAGCAUGCUUGAAGAACGAACAGUUCGGGAGGUGGUUUCAGAUGGAAGUGAGGCAUUGGAUGAGAUGAAGAGGCGGAAGUAUUACCAAAAUAUAGGGGAAAAUAGCAUAUCAGUCGGGUCAUCAUCUAUUGAUUCACCUACAUCAGUUACAGAUCUCUAUCCUGUUCACUUGGAUUCCUCUUACUGGAUGAAAAGAAAUUAGCAUAUAUGUAAUUUUUCGUCUUUGAAUGAUUCUCCUUGUAGCAUUAUGUGUUGCAGUACAAGUACUAAUUUGACUAUGUAAUUCUUGGUCUUUAAAG